AUGUGGAGAUUUAUGACAGUUGACACAGAGGAACACUGCCUUCCUGAACGUCUGACUCUCCCCAGACACCAUGGUAAACCUUACACCGACCAUCCCUCAUCACAAGCACUGCUCUCCACCAUUGAUGAAGGUAUAUGGACACACACCCCAUUCGAUGUUGGACAACUACAGGUGGCACCGGUUACCAUCACCUUACUUAACCCUGAACAAAUUCCUAUCUACCGAACACAGUACCGUCUGAAACUUGAACAGACUAUGGGGAUCAAACCAACCAUAAAUGGGUUGUUGGGAGCUCGAGUCAUUUAUCGCACCGUGUCUCCAUGGAACACACCAAUCCUACCAGUUCUAAAAGCAGGAGGCGAAACAUACCGGAUGGUACAAGACUUCCGAGCAGUGAAUGACGUCACUGCACCAAUUGACCUACCUGUCCCUGACCCUCACAUCACUCUGAGCAAUCUGUCCCCAAAACACCAAUAUUUCACCGUUGUGGAUCUGGCUAAUGCCUUCUUUAGCAUUCCACUGGAUGAGGCUUCACAGCCUCUCUUUGCUUUCACGUAUGAACAUCAACAAUACACGUAUUCGGUUCUGCCCCAGGGUUACAGGUGUUCUCCCGGAAUCUUCAAUCAUAUCCUGAAGACACACCUGGCCGAAUUGAAAAUCCCUGAAGGAGUGAUACUCAUUCAAUAUGUAGACGACCUUUUGCUGGGGGCUCCCACAUCUGAUCUCUGUCUACAAAUGACAAAAACCCUACUUGACUUCCUGGCUGGCAAAGGCUACAAGGUCAAAAUGAGCAAAGUCCAGGCUUGUCGCAGAACUGUCCUUUUCCUUGGCAGAGAAAUCUCAGGAGAAGGUGCUGGUCUCUCGAAAUCCCACCGAGAUUCCAUACUCCAUCAUCCACGUCCCAUCACGGUGUCAGGCAUGUUGUCCUUCCUGGGGUUGACAGGGUACAGCCGUACCCACAUCCCUGACUACACAUCCAGGACUGAACCACUGAGAGAAAUAGUUAGAGAAGUAGGACCAAGAAACUUACACUCCUCACUCAACUGGACACCUGAAGCAUCAACAGCAUUUGCUCUGUUGAAAACUGAUCUCUCGGUGGCAGCAGCUCUGACAGCACCUGACUACAAAAACAAAUUUCAUCUUGAUGUUUCUGAAAAGGAGGGAUUCACUUCAUCCAUCCUAUUUCAGAAACAAGAGGGGGAGAGAAGAGUACUGAUGUAUCAUUCCUCCAAGUUGGACCAUAUUGAAGCAGGUCAGACAACAUGUUCCAGGUACGUGGCUGGAGUAGCAAAAGCUAUUGAAAAAACCGCCCACCUGGUAAUGUGCCACAAACUGGAAAUCCAUACUCGCCAUGGGGUUGCAGCAUAUCUGAUGAGCAAGGAAUUCACGUUCAGCGCUGAACGAAAGAACAAAAUCCAGAAUAAAUGCACCCAAUCACACAUUACUUUUGUCAACACCGACAAAAACAUGGCAGACGCACUCAAUGCAGAAGAAGGGUUGGCACACUCUUGUGAAGAGAGGGCGGCACAGGAACUAAAACUGCGACCAGACUUGGGAAACGAACCCCUUACCAAUCCUGACUUAUGGUUGUACACUGAUGGAUGCUGCUAUAAAGGGGAAGAAGGGAACAUUGCAGCAUAUGCAGUGGUACAGCAGCUUCCAGACGGGUCACACGUGACCCUGGAAUCAGACAUCAUCCCACAACCUGCCUCAGCCCAACUAGCUGAGAUCAUAGGGUUGACUCAAGCCCUGGAAAAGGCUGAAGGAAAAACUGUGAACAUUUACACCGAUUCAGCAUAUGCUCAUGGAGCAGUCCAUAUAGAUGGACCACAAUGGGUCAGACGUAACUUCACCACAACUGGAAACCUUCCGAUCAAACACAAGGCACAAAUGGAAAGACUGAUAAAAGCAGUCUCACUAUCAGAGAAAGUGGCCAUCAUGAAGUGCAAAGGACAUCAGCAACUCAAGAACAAAGUGAACGAGGGAAAUGACGCAGCUGAUAAGGCAGCCAAGAAAGCUGGUGGGUACACUCCGAGACAGAUGGUUCUACAGACUCAGCCAGCCCGGACUGAACUCACAGACCAACACAUAAAAGAACUUCAACUCACCGCAGGCCCCUAUGAGCACUCAGUAUGGGGACAGAAAGGAGCCACCAAAGGACCAGAUGAACUAUGGAGAUGCCAUGAUGGCAGGUUGGUGGCCCCGGCAAAUCUGUGUCCUGAACUGAUACGAGAGGCUCAUGGGCCCACUCAUGAAGGAAAACUAAAAACAUUGCAGAAGGUUUCCCACAUCUGGUGGCACCCUCACAUGAAAGACAUGACAGAUUUGUUUUGUGACGAGUGUAGCAUUUGUGGUAGCCACAACCCAAAGAAACCAUAUCAAACACCCAUGGGUUCGUACCCAGUCCCCAAUGCAUGUUUUCAGGAUAUUAGCAUAGACUAUACCGAUAUGGGACCAGAUAAUGUGACACACGGGAAAAGAUACCUAUUGGUAAUGGUAGACAGAUUUUCCAAAUGGGUUGAGGCAAUACCAACGGCGCGUGAGGACGCCAGGUCAGUCAUUAAGUGGCUACAGACUGAACUCAUACCAAGGUAUGGAGUUCCAAGACAAAUCCGAUCCGACAACGGGUCCCAUUUCAGUAACCAACACCUGAGACAGGUGGAGGAAAGGUUCGGCAUUGUGCACAAGUUUGGGUCAGUGUACAAGCCGCAAUCUCAAGGCCUCGUGGAACGUGCCAAUCAAACUUUGAAGGCUAAGAUAGCCAAGAUAUGUGCAGGUUCAAAGUUGAGUUGGGUUGAAGCUCUGCCCCUGGCAUUGAUGGCCAUGAGAGCCUCUCCAGGUGCAGGCACCCAUCUCUCUCCUCAUGAGAUAAUGACUGGAAGAGUCAUGCCUGGUCCACCAAGGGAGGGAGGUCAUAUGCCCGCCCUUGAUGUACAACAAAUUGUAAUGUCUGACUAUGUGAGAAAACUGACGGAACUUUCUGCAGCUCUCUCCAAACAGAUACACAAGGUCCAAGAGGGGGAGCUGACGGGAGAUCCGGCACCACUGAAGGUAAAAGUUGGUGACUGGGUGAGGGUGAAAGUCCACAAGAGAAAGUGGCUAGAACCCAGGUGGACUGGACCGUACGAAGUGAAGGAGGUGUCCAAGAUUUGCUCACCGGUAUGCAAGCCCUGGGACUUGAAUAUUGGCCCACCAGGACCAAGCGCGCAGUAG